CUCUACCGUCGCUUCCAUGCGUGAUUCGUUUCCUAAGGGUGGCAUGCUUCUCUACAUCUGGCCGCCGCCUCCUCUGACACCUCUCUCUCUCUCCCUCCGUCUCCCUUUGCAGAUCCCGACGCGAUUCGCCUCCGCUUCACUACGAUCGGGUAGUUCCCGACGAUCUCGAGAUCGCGGCGAGAUCGUUGCGCUCGCGAGAUCGUCGGAGGGGAGGCGCGUUUUUGUCUUUGGAUUAUGGCAGCAGCUCUCCGAUUCGCGGGGAUAACUCCCUGUGUAGGGUUUCGAAGGGAUCCGUCGACUUCUCUCGCUCUCUCGUCGAGCUUUUCAAGUAAGCUCUGGGUCGAGUUGUCUCCGAAGUCGAUAGGUACAAAGAGGGCGCGUGGUUACCCGAGGAAUAGGAGUUUGAGGGUGAGCUGCGAGAGGGGAGUUUCUGCUUUCUUCGAGGAGGACGAGGCGGAGAGGCAGGGUGCGGACGGAGAUGCCCCGCAGCUGAGCAUCGUGAUGAAGUUUGGUGGGUCGUCGGUGGCGUCGGCUGAGAGGAUGAAAGAGGUUGCUGACCUUAUUCUUAGCUUUCCAGAGGAACGGCCGGUGAUUGUGCUCUCCGCCAUGGGAAAGACAACAAACAAUCUUUUGCUGGCCGGCGAAAAAGCAGUUUGCUGUGGUGUUUCAAAUGUAUCAGAGCUUCAUGAGUUAAGCUUUAUUAAGGAUCUGCAUCUUAAGACAGUCGAUGAGCUUGGGCUUGAUAAGUCUAUCGUCUCUGGUUUGUUGGAUGAGCUAGAGCAACUUCUUAAAGGCAUUGCAAUGAUGAAAGAGCUGACACUUCGUACAAGGGACUAUCUUGUUUCAUUUGGAGAAUGCAUGUCUACAAGAGUCUUUGCAGCAUAUCUAAAUAAAAUUGGUGUAAAGGCACGACAGUAUGAUGCAUUUGAUAUUGGUUUCAUAACAACAGAUGACUUUACAAAUGCGGAUAUCUUGGAAGCAACUUAUCCUGCCAUUGCUAAGAGGUUACACGGCGACUGGAUUAAUAAUCCAGCAAUCCCUAUUGUUACUGGCUUUCUUGGGAAGGGUUGGAAAUCCUGUGCGGUCACUACACUAGGCAGGGGUGGAAGUGAUUUGACUGCAACAACUAUUGGUAAAGCUUUGGGAUUGCGAGAAAUCCAGGUCUGGAAGGAUGUUGAUGGCGUUCUGACAUGCGACCCUAAUAUAUAUCCCAGUGCAAGGCCCGUACCACAUUUGACAUUUGAAGAGGCAGCUGAGCUUGCCUAUUUUGGUGCACAGGUUUUGCAUCCACUAUCAAUGAGACCUGCUCGAGAAGGUGAUAUACCAGUGAGGGUCAAGAAUUCCUACAACCCUCAAGCUCCUGGUACUGUCAUCACUAAGGAAAGAGAUAUGAGCAAGCUCAGGCUGUGCUAACCAGCAUUGUUUUGAAAUCAAAUAUUACCAUGUUGGAUAUAGUGAGCACUCGAAUGCUUGGUCAGUAUGGCUUCUUAGCGAAG